CCUUGCUUUCUUUUCCUUCUACCAACAUGUUCUAGAUCAUCGGUCUUGGGCUCUGCGAUGCACAGCUGGGUGGCGACUAUUUUGCGCGGGUCAAAACGGAAUCAAAAUCCUUGGCACCCCCCUAAUAAGGAAAUGCUGAAGGACUUUGACCGAUGCAAAAUCCCAAAACUGUCACCCAGCUGUGAUGAAAAAGAGGUCACCGCCAUCAAUGCAUCAAGGACUAAGAAUACUGUUCCGUCUCUCUCUUUUGUGCCAUCGAGGUACUGGUAUAUCCUUCCGGGUGGCCAUACGCGUGAAGACUCGCAUUUGAUGGAAACCGACGGCAAUGAAAUAUUGCCGAAUGCCAACAGGGAGGAUGUGUUCUUGUUGGUUGGGGAUCCAUUUGGGACAACGAUACAUACCGAAAUUAUCUUUCGCGCUUCCGCUUUGGGUAUUACUCCCCGUGUCAUCCACAAUGCAUCGAUAAUGAACGCAGUAGGCGCCUGUGACCUCCAGCUCUACAACUUUGGCCAGACAGUCUCCCCAGUUUUCUUCACAACGACAUGGAAACUCGACAGCUUCUACGAUGAGAAUCAAGGAGAACGCGGAUCUCGGUCUGCGCACGCCCGUGUUGCUGGAUAUAGAGGUCGAGGAGCAGAGUGAGGAGAAUCCGGCUCGAUGAAGGACAUUCUUCCUGUCUCCCUCUCCCCCAUCUUAAUAUUUGUGUCAGCGGUCGGAGGAUCUACGGACCACCUCGGUACAUGUCGAUACGACAGGCUGUCUCUCAACUCAUACAGAUCAGUCUUUAAGGCAGACUGGGACACUAUCUCCUGAUACAACUCCUGCAGUCGUGC